AUGGCCCCAUCCGCAAUCACCCCUCCACACGCACAUGGCGUUCAGCAAACUACUGAGCUCACAGCCGAAGCUGUUGCCCAGAAGAUUGCUCAAACUGCCCCAGGAAUUGCCAAAGCCAAUGGCCUCCAAACCACUCCCGAGACCACUCUUGCGCCGCUUGAUGCAUCUAAACUCGUCUUCACCCGAACGAAAACACCUAUGACUGUUCCUGAGCCGGGAGAUCCUAUUAUCGCAACUGCUUCGCAAUGUACCGAUCACAUGGUGACUGCGGUCUGGAAAGCCGGAGUGGGAUGGGCUGCACCUGAAUUGAGGCCAUAUGGCAACCUGUCUCUUGCUCCUACUGCUUCUUGCCUCCACUAUGCUACUGAGUGUUUCGAGGGAAUGAAGAUGUACAGAGGUUGGGAUGGUAAGCUGAGGUUGUUCAGGCCUGACUGCAACGCACGACGGAUGUUGAUUUCGUCUACACGUAUUUCUCUCCCGGGCUUCGACCCUAAAGAGGUUGAGAAGUUGAUCAUGGCAUUGGUCUCGGUUGACGGCGAGAAGUGGUUGCCAAAGUCCCGUCCUGGAACCCAACUUUACCUUCGACCAACAAUGAUCGGUUCCGCCGGUGCCCUUGGUGUAUCAGCUCCUAAAGAAGCGACCUUCUUCGUUAUCGCAACCUUCAUGCCCAAACUCGAGCAGCCAAAGGGUCUCCGUCUCCUAGCAUCAACAGACGGUAUUCGUGCGUGGCCAGGAGGUUUUGGAUAUGCCAAAGUAGGUGCAAACUACGGCCCAACCUUGAUGGCUACCAGAGCCGCCGCAGAACGUGGAUACCACCAAAUUCUCUGGCUCCUCGAUGGUCAAGUCACCGAAGCCGGCGCAUCUAACCUCUUCGUGGUCUGGCGCACCAAGGAAGGAAAAGCUCAAGUUAUCACCGCACCACUGGACGACAAGAUUAUCCUCGAUGGUGUGACUCGAAGGUCGAUUUUGCAACUAGCGAGAGAGAGACUUACUGAUGGCUCAUCUGGACUCGAAGCUGUUGAGAUUGUGGAGAGAAAGUUCAGUAUGGAUGAGGUCCACGAGGCUGUUAAGGAGGGCCGUGUAAUUGAAGCAUUCGCAGCUGGAACUGCGUUCUUCGUUUCCCCCGUCUCUUGUAUUGGAUACAGAGAGGAGGAUCUCACCAUCCCUAUGACCCGUGAGGAUAGCGGAGAAUAUGCUCAUCUGAUCAAGACAUGGUUGAUGAACAUCAUGUAUGGAAAGGAGAACCACGAGUGGGGAGUUGUCGUAGAAGAGAAGCAAGAGCUAUAG